AUGCAACCUGCAAUAUGCAACCUGCACCACGAGAAACGCGGCCGUCAGUGGCGACGAACCCGACGAGGAGCAGACUUCCGCAGGUGGCGCCCCCGACCAGCCUCUGGAUGGGGCUCUGGCCGGGGCGCAGGCGGAGCAGCAGGAAGAGAGGAGGAGGAGGAGGAGGAGGAAGAGGAGGACUACGACGACUACGAGCAGUCAUCUCGGCCACGCCAGAUGGCUCGCCCCCGCCCGGUGCUGACCAUGGGCGGGGGCACACGGAGCAAGCGCAAAACGAAAGUCCGCCAGUUCUCGCAGCGUUCCAGCUCCUAUGCCCCGGACUCGGGGCACACCGACCCGGACGACCGAGACGGCGACAACGCAGGCGACGGCGAGGGCCAGGACAAGCGUCGCUGCAUCUCCAAAGGACAAAUGCGAGAGUUUCGCGAGGCCUUUCGCCUCUUCGACAAGGACGGCGAUGGCUGCAUCACCAAGGAGGAGCUUGGCACCGUGAUGCGCUCCCUGGGACAGUUUGCUCGCGUCGAGGAGCUGCAGGAGAUGCUCCAGGAGAUCGAUGUGGAUGGCGAUGGCAAUGUGAGCUUCGAGGAGUUUGUCGACAUCCUGUCGAACAUGACGUACGAGGACAAGUCGGGCCUGUCGUCGGCCGACCAGGAGGAGCGAGAGCUGCGCGAUGCCUUCCGCGUCUUUGACAAGCACAAUCGCGGCUACAUCACCGCCUCCGAUCUGCGAGCGGUGCUGCAGUGUCUCGGCGAGGAUCUCGACGAGGAGGACAUUGAGGACAUGAUCAAGGAGGUGGACGUGGAUGGCGAUGGGCGCAUCGAUUUCUACGAGUUCGUUCAUGCCCUGGGCGAGCCGGAGGACUCACAGGAGAAUGACGAUGAGGAGGAGAACACCACAUCGCCGCUUCCCACGCCCAAGUCGGCCAUUUCGCUCAGCUACGAUUGAGCUGGGGCUGAGGGCUGUGGGCAGCGGCCAGUGCCACGAUUGAGUACGAUUGAGGAGUGAGGAUGGAGCAUUGAGCAUUGAGUGGCAGUGUGGGCAAGGGGGAAAUGAACUUGAGACGCUCAUCCAUUAUUUAUGCUACGUCCCAUCGAUAGACAGUCUGCACUGGUAGCUAUAAAUAAUUGAUGGGCAGCAAGCGAUUGACUGCUCGAUGACUCGUCUGCGGUUCAUGCAGCGUUGGUCGAUUGCUCAUAUGUUGUUGGUCUUUCGAUCGACAUUUAAAUACUCAAAACGAUCUUACCAAUUGACUCGUCGCUUCAAUAAUUAGUUACUCAACGAGGCGAAUGUGCAGCGGUGACAAAUCGAUUGAACUCCCAGCAAGUCUCACUCAUUCAGUCACUGGAACUCGCAUUCAAGUUGCAAUUGCCAGAACGCACAGCUAAUCAAAUUACGAAUCAAAAUGAUAAUUAUACGUAUAGCCUAUGGAAUAAUCGAAUACAUCGAUAUUUAUCAAGUGGAAUCAAAGCUCCCACACACACUCCCGCACUCUCUGUGAAAUUCCUACCAAUCAAUAAUAAUCCCUACCAAUAAUCGAUCUACUUUAUAACGAUAAUCACACACUGACAGACAGAUAGAUGGACAGACGGACAGACAGACGGACAGACGGACAGGCAUAUCCUUAAGUAUCUAUCCUUAAUCAAUGAUAAUGUAAAUGUACUAAAUGUACUAUGUAUCUUUCGAAACAUAUCAUUGAAGUAUCGCUCCUCGGUAAGCGUUCCCCAACAUCCCGAUAGGCCCUUACCACCCUCACAUAUUCUCCCCUUUGUCCCCACUCUCUUUGACAAUUUUUCGACUAGCAUCGUAUAUCGAAUAAAAUUGAUUUAAUUAGGAAAUAUUUGCUCAAUUAAUGCUACUGCUGCAAACAAAUAUAAAAAUCGAAUCGAAUCGAACAAGAACAAAUCUUUAAUUAUUGAACGAACAAUUUAAUGUAAUUUACGAUUUACAAUUUUAAUCCACUCGAAACGAAAAUCCCUUAA